AUGCGGAGCAUCCAGAACGGACUUCUCGUCCUCUGCCUCGCCUUUCCCGGCGUGUUGGGCGCCGCUAUCGAGCGCCGGGCGACCGAAGUUCAGACGAGCAACCAUCGACGGGCAGCUGCCAUCAACUUUCCUCGGACGCUGAGCGAGGUUCAGAAGAGGGCCGUCCACGUGAUCCUUGCCGACGACCGACAUGGCCAGGUUGUCCAUGUGAUGCAAGACCCUGGUGAGGAGGAGGAGCCGGUGGAAGAGCCCGCUGACCCUCCCGCGGAGGAAGAGGAGCCCGUCGAAGAAGAGCCUGUUGAGGAGCCCGUCGAGGAAGAGCCCGUUGAAGAGGAGCCUGUUGAAGAGGAGCCUGUAGAGGAGGAGCCUGUAGAGGAGGAACCCGUCGAGGAAGAGCCCGUCGAGGAAGAGCCCGUCGAGGAAGAGCCCGUCGAGGAAGAGCCCGUCGAGGAAGAGCCUGUGGAGGAGGCCCCCGUUGAAGAACCUCCGGUAGAAGAGGAGCCUCCCGCGGAAGGCGGCCACGACCACGGUACUCCGGAACAACCCCCGGCCGAAGAGGAGCCUCCUGCUGAGGAAGAGCCCGUCGAGGAAGAGCCAGUUGAGGAAGAGCCAGUUGAGGAAGAGCCAGUUGAGGAGGAGCCCGUCGAAGAGGAGCCCGUCGAGGAGGAGCCUGUCGAAGAGGAGCCUGUCGAAGAGGAGCCUGUCGAAGAGGAGCCUGUCGAAGAGCCCCUGCGGAAGAAGAGCCCGUUGAAGAACCCCCGCCGAGGAGGAACCCGCCCCCAGGCACCCGACUACCCCGCCGUGACCUCGGAGAACGUUCGAUGGGAAGGCAGGGGAUGUCCCGCCGACAUGGCGGACGCAGUCCUCUCCCCGGUCCUGUCGAACGCGGGUCUCAUGAACUUUGGCCUACCUGAUCUCGGCGCCCUUUACUUGGCAGAUGAUCCCGAGGAUAGCUGGGCCGAUUGUCACAUCUCCAUCGACAUCAAGAACAUCCCGGCCGGAUGGCGUCUUGGCGUAGAUGACGUGCAGGCCCGUGGCCAUAUCGUCCUUACCCUUGGUUCGCUUGCUCGGUUCAACAGCAGCCUGUGGUGGAGCGAGAGCGAGAAUACUCACGAGAUCAGCAAGUACUGGCCCAAGUUCGAAGGCAACCCCAUCGACCAGGAAUACUUCACCGAUCCCCUCUUCCUGUUCCAGAUCGAGGAGGAGGAUAGGCCCAAGUACUGGUCGACUUGCUCGGCAGACGAUGAGCCCACUUCCGGCACGCUCAACUUCAAGUUCACGCUCUCUACCGAAGUGGAGGAGGACGCUGAUCCCUUGGUCUGGGUGAGCUUGGCGCAGGUGGACAUCUUCACCACCCUACACCCGUGCGAGUAG